AUGCAUUACUCAACGAUUCUCCUCCCAUUCCUCGCCGUCUUGGCCACAUCAUCUCCAAUUGCUCAUCCUGACAAAGACGCUGAUACGGCAAUUGUCUAUCCAGUAGAUGCUAGACGUGCUGUUGAUGCUGAUACGGCUAUUGUGUAUCCAGCCGAGAAGCGAGCAAUAGAUGCUGAUACAGCGAUUGUGUACCCGGCCGAGAAACGUGCAAAAGACGCUGAUACUGCCAUUGUGUAUCCCGCUGAAAGGCGCGCUAAGGAUGCUGAUACGGCAAUUGUGUACCCAGCUGAAAAGCGUGCUGCCAAAGAUGCCGAUAGUGCUAUCGUCUAUCCAGCAAACUAG